AUGACGUCCACACAAUGCAUCCUAUCGACAGGCAACAUCAUGACCUCGGCAUCAGAGAUCCUCCGCUCCUCAGCGAUGUCCUCGUCGAGCACGGAGCUCAUCACCUCUUUACGCAGCCACAUCCGGUCGUCGCCUUUAUCCCCUCCGCCCUCACCCUCUCUCCCGCCGAACCCCGCGCCGCUCUACAUCCCACUCCCCCCGACACCGGAGCCGCUCUCGGAAGACCGGGCGGAAUACGACGUGACAGUGAAGCUCUUCCUGAGCACCACUUCAGCAACGCCGUCUCACAUCCGCGACGCGGUGAAGCGGGUGCUGCGCACGCUCGCCACUGACCGUAUCGACCUGCUGAUCCUAUCGCUGCCGGGGAUCUCGUUCGACGCGGAGGACGCGGCGUCGUCUGCCGCCGAGGUGGACUUGUGGGCGCGCACGUGGGCGGUGCUGGAGUCGUUCCCGUCGAUUGCCCGGCUGGGGAUCAGCGAGUUCGGUACUGCGAGGCUGGCGCAGCUGCUACCGCGCACGAGGGUUAAGCCGGGGGUCGAUCAGAUCAAUGUAAGGGAUUGCUGUGUUGUGCCAAAGGAGCUUAUACUGUAUGCGAAGAAGGAGGGCAUAGAGUUGCUCACGCAUAAUGACUGCUCCGAUAUUCUGCCGAAGGAACGGCUUAGGGAGGUCCUCGUGGAUGAGUUCGCGCUCGUCGCGGCGGGGAAACAGGUUGAUCCCACUUGGGUCGUCAAGUACACCGCCGUCAUUAGGUCUCGCGGCGUCGUGGAGAAUAAGGGAUACAUCGCAAUGGCGGAGAUUCACUAG